GUUUGACGUUGAUUAUUUUGAACCUUACUAAGCUUAUUUUGACCAAGUGAUCAACACACCGGUGCAUACACCGAUUUUACCUCAAUUUCUCGACACUCGAUAUUUUAGGGAAGUUGUCGGAUAUUACACAGAUAAAAUGGAUGCCAUAUUGAAUGGAAUCCUGUCAUCACAGCACCCUGAUGCCCUGAAAAAACAGCUGAUUACCAAGGUGACGGAGAACAGCUCCAAGCCCCAGCCAGUGCGCGUGAUCCGCUCCGUGCUUCAGAUCUCGUCCUCUUGGUUCCUGCAGGGGGACUCGGACAUUGCAGUGUCAGAGGGUCUACAGGUGUACACAUCCUGGGCUAAGUACAACCUGACGACAUUUGAGGCUUUCUUUGACAGGGAAUUUUUGUUGCACCUGUUCUCAUAUAAAGGUGAACAUGAGGCCAACGCUAUUCUGCUGCUGGAGGCCAGUAUGGAGUUGUUGCAGCGGUCAUCAUCCUACUCUGGAUAUGUUAAAGUGGUGGAAGCCAAGGCCAUUAGUUAUGUGAGAGAACAUCCUUCUAUUGACUGCCUGACAAAUUUUGUUAACUUUCUAUACAAGUUCAAGGAAUGUCUUCCAAAAGGCGACUUUGUUUCCACAUUUUGUGUGUCGCUGAUUUAUUCACUCAGUCUGUGUUCCAUUCCUCAGGAUCACAUGGACAUUCUUCUGUACAUCAAAAGUGUAGACAGAGUUUGUUCCCUUAUUCAUUCUGUAUGGAACAAUACUAAUACAGAUGUGAUAAUGGACUCGUUAAAAGCCAUUUUUGGAAUCAUAUCAGCGAUAGAAGAAACGGAACCUUCCUUCUGCUUGGGUGCUGUUGUUCGCAACAUACCUGAAAAAAUGAUAGAAGUUAUUGUGAAGUAUGCAAUAAGUUCAGAUAUAGACAAUAAGCAGAUUACGACCGCGUUACAGAGAGUUGUGGAUUGGCUUCAAUGGCCGACCGCCACUAAUGCGCACUUGUGGAUUAUAACAUUCUUCCGAAGUCUGGCUGGUGCCAAGAAGUAUAGCAUUCUGAUCGCCGUCACUGAGACAAAGAUUGAACAGGUCUGUGAGAAGCUCGAGUUCGCCGCAGUCAGAGAUGGAGCCUUGAGUGUGCUCACUCACAUGUUGCUUGGUUUCCAACACUCACCUGAACCCUUUCACAAGAUCCUCCCCAAAAUAGGGAGAAUAAUUGAGAUCCUUCGGAAGGAGAAUGAGUCCUUAUUAAAGCAGCUGUCUGACUUGUUACAUUGCUGUUUCUUCCUCCAUGCUGGGUAUCCGGACUUGUAUGACCCACUUCUGGAGGCACUUAAGGGAGUCCCACCCCCCAGUACAGAUGACAUAAAAUCCCAUCUGGAAGAGAGUCAGUGGCAGACACAGAAGUCGGGGACCUCGAAAUAUGUGUCAAAGGUCACUCAGAGGUCGGACACAGGAAAGACUGGCUUAUUUAACCUGGGAAACACUUGCUUCAUGAACAGCAUAAUACAGGCUCUGUUUAUGUGUGACAGCUUUAGGAGAGACACACUGUCUUACCUCCCCUCCCCAGAACAACCAGUCAUCUCACAGCUACAGCAAGUCUUUGCCUUCCUUAGCCAAACUCAGAGGCCAGCCUACGCCCCCAUGACUUUCUGUCGAAUGACUCGCCCCAGCUGGUUUAUUGCAGGGCACCAGCAAGACUGUUCAGAGUAUCUCAAAUAUCUACUGGACCAGGUCCACGAGCAGGAACGCACUCGACAGAAAAAGGAGAUGUUAGCAAAAUCAGAGGAUGACAGCAAUGGAGAUCGGCCAACCACAGAAGAAAUAUCUAGUGAUACAGACAAAUCUGACAGGGCACCCGUAACACCGUCACUGAUCGAGGGUCAUUACGCGGGGUUAAUGGUGACCACAGUGACCUGUUUAAACUGUAAGACUCAGUCCUCCCGUAAAGAGGAAUUCAAUGAUAUCCCCUUGGCCUUCCCAGAGUAUAAACCAAUCGUCAGUCAAGAUAAAGGAGAUAUGGAACAGAAAUCAGAGGCGGAACCCAAAACUAAGUGUUUACACUUGAAUGACCUGCUGCAGCACUACCUGAAGCCGGAAAUGUUGACUGGAGACAACCAGUAUUUCUGUGAUAAGUGUGGAUCGCUACAGGACGGGGAGAGACAAAUCUCCAUCCUCCAGCCCCCGGAGCACCUCAUUGUGUCCAUGUUGAGGUUCUCUUAUGAUGCAAAAAUUCACGCCAGGUCCAAAAUUUUCCAGGAAGUCAAAUAUCCCCGGACGCUUAUCUUGCCUAAAAAUCAGCCAUUAGAAAUGAAGACUGGCAACCCCAGGAGGUCACUGAGAAGUGCAGUGUCAAGACAGAUAGAAAAAUGUGGGGUGGAUCUAAACACACAGAAAGGAGAGGUGUAUGGACUGAAUGCUGUUGUAGUGCAUUCUGGGACCUCUUCCGAGUGCGGACAUUAUUACACGUACGCCAGACACUCGCUAUUUCGGGAUCCAGAGGCUGUGAUGGAGAAUUUAUCAGACUGUACAGAUGAGGACAGUAUUGAUUUUUUACAGGACAGGUGGUACUUGUUUAAUGAUAACCGUGUGUCCUAUGCUCAGUACAGUUCCUUCUGCAGUGUCACGCAGCGCUUCACAAAGGACACUGCCUACUUACUCUUCUACAGGAGAAUCGACCCCCAGAAUAGCGAGAGUGAAGGGGUGGAUCUCAAUAAGUCCAUAAAACCGUCAGAGGUGGAUCCACCCCUCCAGGAUGGGCUAAGACAGAUGGUCAGUAAGGACAAUGCUUUAUACCUGCAGGAACAAGAGCUGUCAGAACAGAAAAGAGCUUCUAGAAAGCGUCCAGGUUCUCAGACGACGUCUUCUUGGUUCUAUAAACAAGAUGAAGACCAGGGUCCACCUGGAAGUUGUGGAGGCUCAUCAGGAUUUGACAGCAGUGGACCACGAUUUGUCUUUUAAAAGCAGGCUUUAGAAUUCAACAGCCGUGGACCACGAUUUUUCUAAAAGCAGGUCAUUACAUGUAGGAUUCGAUAGCGGUGGACCACAAUUUGUCUUCUAAAACCAGGUCAUUAGAAUUCGACAGCCGUGGACCACGAUUUGCCUUCUAAAACCAGGUCAAUAGAAUUUGACAGCUGUGGACCACAAUUUAUCUUCUAAAACCAGGUCAUUAGGAUUCGACAGCAAUGGACCACGAUUUGUCUUCUAAAACCAGGUCAUUAGAAUGCGACAGCUGUGGACCAUGAUUUGUCUUCUAAAACCAGGUCAUUAGGAUUCGACAGCAUUGGGCCAUGAUUUGUCCAUUUGUACUGCAAUUCGUCCUCUUCUUUGGCAUUGUAACAUUAAUUUUCUGGCAGCCAUAAUGUCAGUUUUAAUGAAGCUCCAGUGAUGCCUAUCUUCCAACAAGAAAUCAUAACAUUUCUCAAGUCACCAUUUGUCCAUUACUGUUGUAGAGAUUACGUUGAGGUUUAAGAAUUCUUGUUUUGGUUUCUGUGGGUGGCCCCAUCUGUUACAGUAUAUUGUAUUUACCUCACUAUCAGAUGAAACACAGCAAUGUCUACAAUUUUCUGAAUGAAGCUGUAGAAGAAUUUACUAGACAACCACAUUAUUACAGCUGAUAAUAGAAAUGUUGCAGAAGACAAGUUUUUCGUAUUAUUUGCUGAUUAUGUAUCUGUGAUAAACAAUGACUGUGCUACAUGUAUAUGUUACAUGAAUGAAACAAAAGUACAAAUUCUCAUUUUAUACAUUUCCUGUUUGUAGUUCUAAGUGUUGAGCCUGUCUCGAAUCUACCUGGCACUCGGUGCGAUCUGAGGUUGUGGAAUGGAGGAUGAAAUCAUCUUAUGAUUCGUUAAUUGUACUGCAUUUUAAUCCUUUAUGUUCAAUUUUUUUUAUUGGUGCUAUGAAUAGCAUGCAUUAGAGGAAAAUAUUAAAGUAUUGAUUUAGCUACUAGUUUUCUAUCAUUUAUGUGAAGGUUUAUAAGGUAGCUCCAAUCUCAUUUGACAUCAUAGGUUUUUGCAAAAUCCUUACUUUUAAAAUUAAACUUUGCGCAUGAUAGAAAUAUAUCUUUUGGAGGUAUUUAUUCACUUGGUGUAAUACAAAAAUUUGGUUAAGUAUUUGAUAUACUGAAAAAAAUAUAUUUUCUAUAAAUUAUCAUUUGUUGUCAAGGGCAAUAACUCCAAUGCUGGUAUUUCUAUUAUACAAUGAUUCCCUUGAUAUCCACAAUCAAUUUAUGUGUAUUUAUAAAGUGGCAGUUUUAUGACACUGUUGAAAUUAAAAUUUUGUCAAGAAAACCAGUUUUUAUGUAUUUGUAUUAAUAUGCUGUUUAAUGAAAAUGUGCAAUUUUUUUUUUCUGCGUUGAUUUACACUUCUGUUUAUGUAUGGCAAAAUAUACUUUUCCUUUGGUUGUUAAAUCAAACUAUAUUAAAUAGAUUCCCACCUGA